CCUUCAGGGGAGAUCAUCGGGGGACAUGAAUCGAAACCCCACUCCCGGCCCUACAUGGCCUAUCUUGAGUUUGUUGCUCAGGGUGUACAGAAGAAGUGUGGUGGGUUCCUGAUAAGAGAAGACUUUGUGCUGACGGCCGCUCACUGCUUAGGAAGGCCAAUGAAUGUCACCCUGGGGGCACACAACAUUAAGAAUCUGGAGAAGACCCAGCAGGUCAUCCCAGUGAAAAGAACCAUCCCCCACCCAGACUAUGAAGAUCAUUACUUCUACAAUGACAUCAUGUUAUUGCAGCUAGAGAAAAAAGCCAAGUUGAAUGCAGCUGUGCAGCCUAUCAAGCUGCCCAGGGGCAAGGACAAGGUGAAGCCUGGGAAG